AUAAUUCCCCUCCAUCCACGAAUAUACAGAAGCUUCUCCUACACCAGAGAAAGUAGGCGAUAGAGAGGUGCAGAGAGGGAGAAUGGCGUCUUCUCCUCAUCUCUCUGCCAUCCCCAACCGGUUCUCCUUCACCUCGACUUCUCACCUGAACCACCGUGAGCUCUCUAGCUCAAAUUCGAUAAGGUUCCGGGUGAGGUCCACCGCCGUUGAUGGUAACCGGAGUACCCCCGAUUCGGGUCCGUCCUCCUCGUCGGAAAGAGACGGACCAAAGGGGUCUCAGUCGUCAACUUCACGGAGGUGGUGUCUUACAUGUUUAUGUUCAUCCAUUGGAUUGAUUUGCAAUUCUGGGACAUCCAUUGCUGUUCCAAAGACUAUGGCGCCUGACGGAAAGGAAAGAGCAGUCUGUCGGAACUGCGGAGGCAGUGGUGCUGUACUCUGCGACAUGUGUGGUGGUACAGGAAAAUGGAAAGCUCUCAACAGGAAAAGGGCUAAAGAUGUGUAUGAAUUUACAGAAUGUCCAAAUUGCUAUGGACGGGGAAAACUUGUAUGCCCAGUUUGUCUGGGGACGGGUUUACCAAACAACAAAGGUCUCCUUAGGAGACCUGAUGCUCGAGAUUUGCUUGAUAAGAUGUAUAAUGGUCGACUACUUCCAAGGUCUUAGCUUGGUGGCUCUUCGGAUGCAAAUGGAGCUUCUGAUUCUGAUUUUCGAUUGAAGGGGGCAGUGUCUACAUAACAGCAGUGCCUAGGGAAAGAGUCCUGUCCUCCAUCUUCUCCUCAGGUGGUUGUUGAACGCUAGAGAGGGCUCCCGAGUUUGAUUGUAUGCUCUGAUACUAGCUCAAGUAAACACGAUCUACUUCACGACUGAAGCAUGUUUCGUACUAAUCCUUGAGCACUAUACUUAGUUGUAAUCAGUCUCCCUGUAUGCUAAGUUUUGCAUUUUGGUCUUAGUGCUCCCACCGGCUAAAGGUCUAUUAGAGGCAUUCGGAAGAAUUACAGUGAACAUUUAUGCAGCUUUGAGACUGUUGAAGAGCUAUGGCAAUAUCAGUUUAUCAUCAA